CCCCAAUUUGCCCUGAGCCCCGAGCUCACGGCUCGCACGACCUCAAGCUGACGUGGGCCCAAAGAAGGCCUCGCAGACAUGCCGCGGCCCUCGGGAAGCCGAGACUUCUGCAAGAAGUUCCUAUGCUCUGCCAGCGUCACAGCAUGCAUGCUGAUGCUUCUCAGGACUUUCCGGAUGUCCAACCCAACAGCUCUCGGCGGUCGCGAGCUCGCGGACGAGGAGUUUCAGCCAGUUCCGCCAAAGUUUGCGGAGAUCGACGCGGAGCCCGCCGGACCGCCCUGGGCUUUGCCAGCGCCGGCGCCGCAGCCGGCACCGGCCCCGGCUUCCGCGCCGACGCCGGUGGCGAAUGAGGAGGUUGCAGGAGAGAGCUACAACGGCCACUUCCUGCACCGGCGUAGUGCAAAGAAGCCGGGCUGCCGGGGCUGCUGUAACCUGGAGGACAAGAUUGUGGACUGCUUAGAUGUGGAGAAGUGCGCCCAAAGCGGCCCGGAGAAUGGAAAGUACGCGCUGGUCUUGAGCCAUUGGGGCGUUCCCAGCGAGGGCAUGCUGCAAUCCAUCCCCUCCAUGAAGGCAGCGGCCUUGGCGGCAAAUAACGCCGACAUCUUGCUGAUCAUGCUCCAGAAAGAUGCGGACAGGAUCUCGCCAAAGAUACAGAAGCUGCUGGACAAGUGGACGGUGAAGGUGCGAGUGGUGCCCUGGGAUGUGCCCACGCGCUCGAUCUUCAACCCGAAGCACGACUGGUGCGGUCACCAGGACCUGAUCCGCUUGCACGUGGUGGGCCUGGAGGGCUACGACGCGGUGGCCUACUACGACGCGGACUGCGAGUUCCAGGGGGACGUGCUGCCGGUGCUGCGCUGCGCCGCCUCAGGCAUGUUCCUGAGCACCAACGGCGGGGUGGGGGAGAGUCUGAACAUCGGCUUCAUCGCCUUGCGCCCGGACCGGCGCCUGCUGGACGCGGCGCUUUUCUUCGCGCAGAACAACAACUUCACCGUGAAGGAUGGCUGGGGACACACAGGCUGGAAGCCCUGCGGUGGCUACUUUGUGGGCGGGGAGUGCGGCCAGGGCUUCUUCUACAGUCUCUACUACUCCAAAAGCGCGGCAGCAAAGAAGGCCUUGCAGGCCGCAGACGUCUGGGACAAUGACGUGUUCCGGCCCGCGCAAAUUGAUCGAUGCCUUUGGAACUACCAGACCAGCUACCAGUGCCGCCCAGACUUCGACUGUGAGCGGGUCCGCGUGCACCACAAGCCCACCCGGGAGCGGGGCACGGACAAGAACGAGUGCGAGAAGCUGAAGUUCCGGGAGCGGCGCAAAGAGAUGGCCAGGAGGAAGCGUCUGGAGCGCAAACCCCCAACUGCUGCAGAGCUACAGGCAGCGGCUGAGGGCCUGCUCCUGCGCCACUCCGCGGGGCUAUGCCUGCGGCCCUCCACGGCAGACCUCCGGGAGGGUACCGUGCUUCUGCUCUCCGACUGCGAAGGCGGCUCCGUGGAGAACUUGCGGCUCACAGAGGUGGACACCGAGGCAGAGGACGACGAGGAUUCGUUGGGGCAGGCGACGAUCAAGCUGGGACCCAACUGCGCGCAUCCUCAAGGGGACAACGAGGAGUUACCUCCCAGCGAGCCGCGCCUAGCCUUUCCGGCAGACUGCACCUCCAAGAAGCACCGCUUCGUUUUUAGCCGCCUCAAGGCCGAGGGCGGCUUUUUGCUCAUGCACGUGGCCAGCAGGAUGUGCGUCCACCCCUUCGAGGGCCGCGAAGAGCCGAGGGAUGGCACGGAGCUGAUCCUGCAUGGGGACUGCAGCCCGAACCGCCGCGCCUUGGUCUUCAAAGCCGAGAAGCCGCGCAGCUCCUCGAUUGCCAGGCCCGAGCUGGCCGAGGCCGAGGUGAGCACCACGCCCAUGCUGAAGCCAGAGGGCGAGCAGUGCAGCUACACCCCCGGCAGCCCUCAGAGCUCGAGACCGGGGAAGCCCUGCUUGCCGCCAGCAAAGUUCUGGCCGUACAAGGGCAAGACCAGCUGGCGCAUCGACCUGGGGAAGAGGAUCUUGGCCUCGGUCACGCCAGAGGUCUCUGAGGACCUGUGCGAAGGCUUCUACCUCUUUGGGGACGUCACCUGGUGCAACAAAGCCUUCACCUCGCCGCCGGCAGCUGUCGUGGGGUCCUGGCAAGUGAGGCUGUCCUAUGGCAUCGAAGAGCGGGACAUUUGGAGCGAGCUGAUCAGCGCGAAGGGCCUGCCCACCAAGCUCUACGAUUGCUUCAUCCCGCCGGAGCGGUCCACGCCCAUCAGUGGCAAAGCGCCCAACGGCACGCGCAAGUGCAAAGGCGUCGAGAGCCAGCCCUGCUACACCUCCAAGUACCAGAGCUACAGGAUCUGCUUGGGCGCAGAGCCCAUGAAGCUCGAGGGCCGCCGCUUCGAGAAUUUGCUGCCGCACCUGGCGGAGUACCCGGACCUCUCGGUGCAUCUGAAGAUCGACACGGAGGGUGCCGAAUGGCCAGUGCUGGAACAGCUGAUGAACAGCCCAGAGAAGGCAAAGAUCAGGACGCUGGAUAUGGAGGUGCACUUCGGUUGGAACAACGCUGGCAACCCUGAGCACAUCAAGAAGAUGAAGCAACAAGAGCUUCUUACGAUGCAAGUGGCCACCAUGGAGAAGCUUCUGGAUGAGUUCUACUGCACGGGCUCCACGCUGGAAGUUUACCGGGAAGGUUGGAAGCCCCAAGACAACUGCGCCAAGAAAGACUGCGGCGAGCCCCCCGUAUAUUUGCCCGGCGGCUUCUCCGUGGAGAUGUUUGCGGUGAGCUAUGCGAACAGAGCACUCGUGAACUGAGUCCCAGGUGUUUGCACGCGAAGUGCCAGAGCUUCCCUUCCCAGCGCUGGCAAGCGGAGAGAGCGGCAGUGAGCAAGCGACACAGCAAGUGUGGUGC